AUGAUUAGACCCUGCUUAUGCAGCGGCCUACAAGGCGGUUGUACGCUGAAUUCGAGUCUUCCAUUGCUUCUUUCCCUCUUCACUCUUACAAAUAUCCCAUAUCAGUCGGAUGACGGAAGCCACAACGGAGACUAUGAUACCUCCUCAAUUCGCAAAUGUUCCACAACAUCCAGUCGCAGUCACAGGCCAUGGCGGUACAGAGAUUCUACAUCGAAUCCCCUCAGACUUCGCACCGCCCAAUCCCACGUCCACAGAACCGUUUUUGCCUCCGCCGCUUCAGUUGCCCCCCUCUCCGCCGGAAACCCCACCACCAGCACCGUUGCCGUUGAUCAUGCCGCCUAA